AGUUGCGAACUUUGGAGCCUCCUGUUGCCCUGAAAGCUUCAGUUUAUUUCUAAAGCAGAGGCAAUCGUCAGAAACAGUCAAAAUGCAGGUAACUAUAACGCUUAAUCCUAACUUGAUGUUCAGGGUUACCUCCCUUUUCAUAGCAAUCUGCGCGGGCGUUUACUUUGAAUUUUGCGUGUUACGAAAUCGCCGCGCGCGUUGUGGAAGUUCAAUGAUUUUCCAAGGUUUUGUGCGGUGAACAACUGUUUCGUCUCUUAUGCGUUUGAAUUGCGUCGCUUUUUUAGUGGCUUAAAAAUUGUUAAGUUACAUUCUAUGAGAAAGAAAAUUAAUUCUGCUAUGGAUAUUCCUUUCGGCCUAAGUACUGUACAUCAUGUCAGCUGAUUAGUGUCUGAUAGCAUAAAUCAAAGUCUGUGAGGAGUUGUCAAAGACUAAGAAGAUCGUUAUUUCCUCUUUGUGGACCAAACUGUAAUUUCUUAGUGCUGCACAUGAUAAAACAAUUAUGUUUUCAAUCCUGCAGAUAGACAUUUUGGAUUUUAGGAGUCAAAGGAAACUGUGUACUUUAGAAAGUGUAAGUUACAUGUACAAUUUCUCAUGAUAAUUCAUCAGUCAAUUCUAGGUGUGCCCAGUCUACGGACUGAGUAUAAAACACGAACUAGGUAUAUUACGCGGACUAUGGACUGUGUAUAUAAAAACAGCUUUAGAAAGGUAAAACCGAGAGAAACGGAUAGCGGACUAGCAUAAAACAGUAGUCCCAGAUCCUUUCCUCACACACAAACAUUCUUUUGGCUGGUCACGCAGUCUAUUCUCCUCAACAUCAGGAUGGAGAAGGAAAGGAUACUGCACGAGAAAGGAAGGUUAUGCCGAUACUCAACGCAACUGAAUUUUAUAAAAAGGAAGUGUUAAAAGAGAAUUCAAUUUAUAGUUUUAAACCAAUAGGAGAUAUGGAAAUUGAGAGGUACCAAAUUUACAAAAAAAUAGUAUUGGUGUUAGUGAGGGUAAAAUUCUUAUAGAUGCCACUGUUCUGUUUCAAAUAAAGCCUUGGGGAUAUGAGAAAGUGAAGAACACAGAUGAGAAGGUCAAUAUAGGGGCAUUCCAUGAUGCAAAAAAGCUGUAUUUAGGGGGGAGGGGUUACUCACCUACACGUGAAUAGUAGCCAAAUUAUCAUCCAACAUUAUAUUCUAACCGAUGAUGAUAUGUUUAUUUUACACCUACAUGUAUGUAAUUAACAUGUACAUCGCGUUUGUGACCCCUGCCGUGGAUGUUAGAGACCGAGACCAGGUCUGAAAAUGGGUGUAGAAAAUAGCAUUUUGGUCAGGCUCAAGAUGUGGAGAAGCGGGUGGCACAUCUCCACCAAGAAUUUCCAGGAGUAUUUAUAACUUAAACUCACGUUUUGUGCUAUUUAGCGAUCUUUCGAACUUAUUUUACCUUACCUGGAACCAAUUAGCACAGUUUUUACCAAUAUAGUCCUUGGUCCACAUUUUAUACCUAGUCUGUGUUUUAUAUCCAGUCCGCAGUCCCUGGUCCGCAGUCCACAGUCCAUUUUUUAUACUGACCGUUAUCCAAACAUAACUAAACAUGGAGGAUGACAGAGUGGAGAUUCUGCAGUUGGGACAUUUUAUUACAGAAAAAAAAUAUUUUGUCAACACCAACUGUUCAUUGAAAGUUUAGCAGAGCUUUUGGAACCCUUGGGACUCCUUCAUCAGUGAUGGCCUUUGCUGUCAGUUGCAGCCUUAUUUUGAUGAGGCUGCAAAAUUGUUCCAUUAAUUAGGGGAAGGUUUUAGCCCUGACCACAGUUAUUUUCUGGUCGCUGCUUCUGAAUUUAUAUGGCCUCGUGUAUCUUGUGUGAAAGCAGGUGGUUUUCCUGGCCAAUAAUUUUUGCACUGGCCCAGUGUUCUUAGCAUGUUCAGACACAGCAGACUUGAGAUCAUUCUGCCUUGUCUGAACAUGCCCCUAUGAAUUUAUUUGAAAUGGCUUUUCAUGCACUGAAACUAUAUUGUAUUCAUUUUAUUUAAUCAUGAAGUGUGAAAGCUAGCCUCUUGAUCUGAGCACUGUAAAUACUGUCUUCUGUAAAUGUAAUAUUCCACCUUUCCAAUGCUCAUGUGUUGUUGACAAGGUUAAUGUGUAAAUAAUACAUUCUUCAAAACUUAGCUCACCAAUCUUUAAUAAUCCUUUUAGUUGGACUCAGCUGCUACAAUUUCUGAUGUCAAAAGAGAAUAUCACCAAAAAUGUAAGUUUUAAGUAAUAAGAGAGCUUUUGUCCUUCUCUCAAACCUGGAUGUACCUGCACUGUUGAUAUCUAAAUUUUUUUAACUACAACUUUGGUGUUUAACUGUAUGUAGAUAAAAUAAUGUUAAACCUCCUUGAUUAAUGGUGACAAAAACCAGACUUUUCUGUUUGGGAUGAGGCAACUUAUCUCUAGCUUUCCCAGUGUUAUCGCCAUACUUUUCCUCAGUCAAGACCUAGAACGUGUAACUUCCACCAAGGACAACCGGGUUACAUUUGUCUCAUAAUUGUCAGAUAUUAAUUGACCUUAUCGUCCUACUAACCUCCUUUCUUUUAUCCACACUAUGUCAGAUAAAUAAGGUACUACUUACUUAGUAAUACUUAUUCUCUUAAGUUGUACAGUAUAAAAUCUUAACUGGGCAUUCCAUAAAACUCUGUGGGCCGUAUACUUGCUAACACAUAGAAGUUUGAUCAAAUUUCGCCAAUGGUGAUGUUAUAUUUUUAAUUCUUACAGUUCCAAAAUCAUACCCAGAAAGACAGUCAUUCCGUCUAGAGCCAAGUAAGUGCCAUAAUUUUCUUUUAUUGACCUUUCCCGCAUUCCGGUCCAGUGAGCAAACACAAAGACAUGAGAUCAAGGUUUGGUUGUACAGGUUCAUACAAAUCACUGUAUUUUGUCCAUCUGAGCCUUGAGUUGGUGCCUUUGUUUUCAGAAGUGCGAAAAAGUUCUAUUAUAACUAGGAAAUUUAUUAAAAUUCAUCUUUUUAGUAGGAGUGACUGUUUAACCCUUUUAACCUUAAGAGUGAUCAGCAUCAAAUUUCUCCUUGUAAUAUCGAUACUUUGUAAAACAGAGUGGUCAUGAGAAUUAUGGACAUGAUCACACAAGAUGAAUUUGCUUGAUAUUUUAUCAACUUCUCCCACUUCCCCUGUAGGAAAUGAAUAGGGGCAACAAAUGAGAAUUCAGAUUUUGAUCUUAGUGUUUAAAGGGUUAAGUGGUUUUUGACUACUGCAAUACAGUUCAACCUCCCUUGAGCAGCUUACCAUCAGGGUACCGGCAAGUUGCCGAUAAAUGGGGGUUGGCCACUCAGUAGAGGUUCCUCAUACAUGUAAAUCAGCAUAAUCUUUGGAUUAAUUCAGGAUUCUUGGAAACUACCCACCUACCCCUCCCCUAAGCCAACAUUUUGCCCUAAGUGAGAAGUAAGUGAUAAUGUUGGCUUAGGGGAGGGGUAGGUGGGCAGUUUCCCAGAUACCUAAAUUGAUCCUAAUCUUUAGCAGAAAUUUCACUUUAUUUUGAAACAAAUGCGUGACAGAAGAAGCAUUUACUGGUCCACAAUCGCUCGUCACCUUCUAUCUCGGACUGUAUUUUCCUUCAUCAUAAUUCUUAAAAUGAAGUCAAACAAAGCGUAUCAAGUGUUUGAAGGCUUUUUUUAAAAUAGAGGUAACAACGACAAAAGGGGGCUGCGGUCGCAUAACAGAGUUUUAAUUUCCCAUUCUUUUCUACAAUUAUUUCGGGAAUUUGGCUACUGGCCGCUCAAUUGAGGGUGGCUGUUUAAUGGAGGGUGGACUGUAUUAUUGUGUUGCUAUGGUGAUUUAACUACUAGAACAAUGGUAUUCAAUUUAUAGUAGUUUUACUAAUGCAAUGGUGAGUUUAUGGUAUCAUAAAAGUAACAACUUAUUUUUUCAUGUAUUCCAAUGAUCAGUGGCAAAAUUCCACUAUCUGCCAUUUUUCACUCAGAGAAGUAGAACUUGAGGUCAAGUUUUUCAGAAUUAUCAUGCAAAACAUCCGAUAAUGGUAAUAUUACUGAGUUUAAGUCCAAUUUCGGCCUGUAAUCAAACAAGUGACACAAUUGGACCACCCUAAGUUCUGUUAGAAAUUAAUGAUAACUAUAACAAAAUUUGGGGUAAUUUAAGCUUUUUUUAUAAUCAAAACACAAGAUCUUCAAAGAGUUUUUUGCCAGAACUGAAAAAAAAAUUGGUGCUCACAUAAUGGCAUGUCUUGUGAAUAAUUUUAAGGCAUGACACAUCCUGUUACACUGUCCUAUGAGUGCUAAAAUCAGUGCUACUGUAGCCAAUCAGAUGAGAGUUUUUAUUAGUACUAUGCAGGGCUUCUGAUAUUUCGCGGAAAAAAAAGCAAAAUUUCGCGGGAUUUUCAGGGGCAAAUUCGCGGAAAAAUCGGCCGAUUUCGUGGGAAAAAAAAUCAAAAUUCGCGCAACAAUCGGCCGAUUUCAGGCGAUUUUCGCGGGAGAAAAGUCAAAAUUCGCAGGAAAAUCAGCCCAUUUCGAGGGAUUUUAGCGGAAAAGAGUCAAUUUUCGAAGGAUUUUCAGGGGCAAAUAAUUUCCUAAGAAUUUCUUAGAAAAAUCGGCUGAUUUCACGAGAAAUUUCGGGGGGAAACUUCGCCAAGAAAACAAUCAGUAAAAAAUCGCCGAUUUCGCUGGGGUUUUUUUGGCAAAUUUCGGUAAAAUCGAUCAAUUUUGCGUCGCUAUGACCAGUGUUGGUGAACGUUUUUUUUAACACGGAUAAUCAUUUACUCUUUCAACAACAGUUUGCUCGAGAAAUAAGCGCAUGUUAAAGCCAUCAACAUUAUGGUUAGUGCCCAGUUUUUCGCAACGUUCAUCUAACAACGCCUGGUAGUUUUGGGACGUUGUUUACUGGUCACAGUGAUGAAGUUUCAAGCUAAAUUUGGACGUUUGGGGUGAAUAAAACCGGUCUAAUAGCCAAGAUAAGUAUUAAAUAUGUUUUGCCGACAUGUAUUUGGAAAUAUUUCUGGCGGAUUUCGCAGUAUUUCGCGUUUUUUGGGGAAUUUCGCGGGAUUUCGCGGAAAUACCUGAAUUUCGCGGGUCCGCGACCGCGCGAAAUAUCAGAAGCCCUGACUAUGGCUUCUCAGCCAAUAAAUGCCUCAUGUGACUCAAGUGGUAUUGUUACACUGUCUUGUACAUGAACUGAAUUAAUGUUUUGUUUGUAUUAUUUUUUAUUUUCUUUCUAAAGGAGGAAAAUCCUUAAAGGAUGAGGAAAAAUUAGCAUCAUUUGACAUAAAAGAUGGAGGAAGAUUGUACUUUAAAGACUUAGGUAAGAUUGUUAUUAUUAUAUGACAAUCAUACAUGUGGAGGUACUCCAGAAUAACCAAAACUUAUGACAUUUUAUCUACAUUCUAACAAUACAUUCAUAUAUUUGCCUUGUCCUGGGUGAAGUCCAUUAAAAAAUAAAUGAAAUUAACUUCUGUUUUUUACCCUCGGCAGUCUUUAUAGUACUAAUGCUAGUGGGGCCAAGCAAAGUCCUGAAACAAAUAAAUUUGAAUCUAACAUACAUGUAAAUGGGUUAAGAAUCCUUAUUGGCCAGAGGCAAACCAGUUGGCCAUUAGCAAGUGCGGUCGAGGAUUUAAACUUGUGACUGGCGAGAAAAAAUCUGGCAAGUGGUCCGGGCGGAACUUGAACUUGAGGCCUCCGAAUUGAAAGUCCAGAGCUCUAACCACUCGCCCAUGCUGCCUCCUUCAAAAUGAAAGUAGUAUUUUACAUCGCUCUUUUUGAAUAAGUUUUUUGAAAUUAUACAAAAUUAAAUUUGGAUAUUAUUUCUUCUUGAUAUGUUUUGACUAGCUAAAAGGUCAGGAGUAAAAAAGUGAAAGGAUUUUGCCCACAUUAAUCUGUACUUUGAUUUAAUUCGUAGGUCCUCAGAUAAGCUGGAGAACGGUGAGAACAUUUUCUGUUAGAAUUAUUUAUUUGGAAAUUAUGUACAGAGGUAACAAGAACUUACAUGCAUGCUUUGACAAGGUUUCAUCUUUUUUGUGGAAAUGAAAGGUAAACAAUGUAUGCCUGAAUAAAUGUUGAAUUAUUUUUGUACAAAGUACUUGACCUAUUCGACUGUCUGCUAGGGUUCCUAGAACAGAUUUUAAUACCAACAAAAUUUUUACACGUAAUAGUGAAUUCUUUAAAGUGGACCCUAUAAUUUUAUUGACUUAGCCCCUUUUGUUCAAAAGGUGGGUAACACUAUCCACCAGGCCUCUGUUGUUCAAAGGCUGGAUAGCACUAUCCACCGUAUAAAUCUCUAUCCAGUGGAUAGUGCAAUUAGUUUCCCCAAUACUUAUCUGUUGGAUAGUGGUUUAUCCGGUGGAUAGCACUAUCCAACGUUUUAACAACCAGGGGCCGGUUGCUCGAAGCCUGGUUAGCGCUUCCCCUUGGUUAAGAGGUAUCAAAAUGUAUAGGUUUCCAUGGUAUUUAACGCUGGUUAGCGCUAACCAUGCUUUGAGCAACCCGGGCCAGGGCCAGAUAAAUCUCUAUCCAGUGGAUAGUGCCAUUGGUUUCCCUAAUACUUAUCCACUGGAUAGAGGGUUUUCCAGUGGAUAGUGCUAUCCAUGCAGCUUUUGAACAGCUGGGCCCAGUACUCACUGGAUAAUUUUAUUGACCUUUUAAACAACUCGGACCAGGCGUCGACCAAGCACAAAAUGUCGGUAUUGAGUGAGUCCUAAAAUUAUUUCUGCAAAACAAACCUGCCACCAGUGGAUGUGUACCUCUUUCUCGCCAGCCUCUCCCCUUUCCUCCCCUCUCCUGGGUGCUUGCUUGUACACUAAUAUGUGACAUGCAAGUGACAGAGGUUCAUGUAUGAGCCAGAAGCAUGCAUGAUCGUAGACUCUGAGAGUUUCUAUAGGUUAUAAUUGUGGGCUAAUUGAAGAGCAAAAGGUGUAGUACUCAUCAUUACCUUUUUUUGUAUAAUUUAUAGGUCUUUCUGGCUGAGUAUGCUAGUCCCCUCAUUUUUUACAUGCUCCUGUACCCACGUCCUUCUAUUGUCUACGGUCCAGCAGCGGCAAGUAAACCUUAUGCUCCUGUUGUGCAGUAAGUUUACGUGUCUUAAACUCGUUUUUGUAGAUUUAUCGCUGGUUUUAUAAACUCCAUUGGGUAUUUUGGGGUGUUACGCUGCUGCCUGAUUGGCUCAGUUGAAUGCAUGAGUGCCGGUCCACCAAGUGGACGGUGGUAGGUGAAACCCCUGACCAGACCACCAAUCAGGAUAUUUUAAAAACUGGCAAGACUAUGGUGACUGUAAUAAGAUUAUUGUUAGAUCUUGCCUUAGUUCAGAUGAUCGUGCCAUGCAGCUUGAUGUUCAAAGCCAUUGGCCAUGUCUCCUUCAUUCUUCCUUAGUUAUUAGAAUACAAAAAGAGUCCCACACUGCCUUUUUGGAAAGAGUAGGGGACAUAGAUCCCACUGGUGUGGUCUAUCUUUCAUUUGGGGGAGUAGAACUGUCACAGGACCACGGUAACUGGCUUCUCACUGUUAGACCUACUCUGUCAAGUAUUGGAAUAUAUUGUACAUUCCUUAAGUAAAUUACUUGAUACAUACCACCCUACGCAUUCAUUAUAGCAUACCUUCAUGUUGUACAUGUACAAAAGUCAUCAUUUCCAGUACAAUGUGUACAUCUUAAACCUUUUUUGUUUCAGUAUUGCAGCAGCUUGUUGGGCAGGACAUUUUGCAAAACGACUGUUGGAGACUUUAUUUGUUCAUCGAUUCUCCCAUGCAACCAUGCCUUUAUUCAACCUUUUCAAGGUACAUUGUGUUGUACAUGCUCUGUUUUCGGAGGAACUAGUUAGCUUGAAUGCAUGUAGGGUGUUCUAUGAACUUUUAUGUCCUGGAGCAUUGUACAUUGUACUCCUACUGGUGUGAUAGCUUUAGCAAUACAUGAAGUCACAGUUUUUAAUAAUAGUUUUUUAAAUUACCAAAUGAGAGAAAAUAACAGCGAAAGAUUGGGAAAUAUUUGUAGCAAAUGAUUCUAUUUAUAUAUGUAACUUGGUAGAAUCUAUGUUCAACAUAGGGUAACUACAUCUAUUCCAGUCAUGAACUUGUUAUGUACAGUGUGUUACUGUAUUUGAUGCAAUUUUCUUUUUUCUUUUCAUUCUCUGCAUGGAUUCUAAAGAACUGUACUUAUUACGGGUAAGAUAUUAAUUUUUAUAUUAUCCAUUUGCUAAAAAGCUUUAAAAGUCUAAAUUGUUGUCCACUAAAUCAAGAGAGGAAACAAUUCAUGUUGAUGGUGCUGAUAAUUUAUUACUGUCAGUUUUGUAGUGUAAUAAUUUGAGCUGUACAUGGUUUUUCCUUCCACUCUGAGUUUCAUGAAUUAUUGGUUAAAAUUGGUCAAGACUAUUAGAACUCCUUAAAAGUGGUGAUCAAGAUUUCAUGUUUGUCCCAAUAAAAGCAAACUCCAAUAAGUAACAACUACAGUCAACUCUCUCAUAGCGACCACCUCUCAUAAGCAACCACCUCCCGUAAACGGCCACUUUGCAAAUAAUCCUUUUGUUUCUCAGUCAAACACCGUUUCAAAAGCUCUCUCGUAAGCGACCACUGUGUAAAUUUCUUAAACGACUGUGACCACUUUUUGGGUCAAAAAUUUGACAUAUUCUUUUGUUUUCUGUUUCCGGUAAGCGACCACCGAGCAUGAUCACGUGUGAUUGUAACAAAACCGUUGCUUGAAUGUCACAAAAGUUCAUUUUUGAAUAGUGCUGACCAAGUAAGCUGAUAGAUUUUAGCAAUUGUCUUAAAAAAAAGAUGUCUGUAGUACGAUCUGUAGGUAAAAAAGUGGAUUGUCACAUUCUUGCUUAAUUAAGUUUCAUCAGUUCCAAGCGCUAUUCGAGUUAAACAUUAUUAGCAGUUCUCUAUGUAAUUACACUAAUCAGUUCAGUUUGGGAUUAUUUUCUUGAGUUUUCCUGAAGAUGACCACCUCCCGUAAGCCACCACUUUGUCGUUCAACAAAUGUGGUCGCUUACGAGAGAGUUGACUGUAUCCAAUAAAAUUAAAGGUGUAGCCCAAAUGUCAACCCAUAGAGACAAAUACAAUGUCUGUUGUACCUAACAGGCUUUUAUCUUUGUCCAUUUGUCUUUGUUUUACAGAGGUUAUGGUGUCCUUGUUGGUUAUUUUGUCAAUCAUCCAUUGUAUACUCCACCAAGUAUGUAGGUUGACAUUUCAAUUAAGCAAUUUGGGCAUGGUUGGUUUGAAGCCAAUUUUAUGCUUGAGAGAACAAACCUUAUUUUCUUACUCAUUUUUGACAUGCAACAUUAUUAUGCUGUAGAUUUGCAAACUGAUGACAAAGGAAGGAUGACCCCAUACUUGUUACUUGAAUGCAUGUCAAAACUGUCUUUUUUGUAUAAUUAUGCCCUAUUUUUUUUUUCAUGCUCUGCUUUUACAUAGACAUUUAGGCAAGAAUAAGAAUGAAAAACUGGAUUUGCAUUUAUGUGACCAGGUCAUUACAUUGAUUGUUGUUGGAAUAAUAUUAUUGUUUUGACUCUUUUUAAAGCUACAAACCAUUGAUUUUGAUAAUUAUCAAUAAGUCUUUUUGUGAUGGAGGCAUCGUCAAACUGCAUUUGCAAUUAUUUUAACCUUUUUUUUUUACUUUUAACUCAAACAUUUUUCUUGUAAUUUAUUUAGUGUUUGGUGAUGCCCAGGUGUAUACAGGCUUAGCUCUGUUCUUGGUAAGUUAAAAUUAAGUUUGAAUGCAUUUUCAAAAAUUAUGUGGAUAGUAACUCCUUUAAAACCAUUAGAAAUUAACCUGUGGCUGAAAAUAAUCUGAAUAAUUUUUUGAUAUUGCUGGAUAAGGUUAUUAUGGUAAAUGAUUUAUAAUCCCUUUGUUUGACUGUUUUUUUUUUUUCAGUUUAACGAGUAUGGCAACUUUGUCAUCCACUGUGCUUUGAGGGAUUUGAGACCUGCAGGUAAGUCACACUUGCUCUGUUGUUAUGGUAACCAGUUUUUGACAUAGUUAAAUGAUGCAAAUUAUCGACACUAAUUCACAUUUUAAGCUUUUUUUUUGAUUUAUUGAUUAGUUAUUAAUUUUACAAGGGACUUGCAUUAAGCUUAAAAAAAAUAACAAAAAAAUUUUAAUAAGACUAACAAAUGCAAGGUCAGGACAAGGUUGACCCCAUCGAAAGGAAAAAGCAAUAAAUCCUAAUAAGAUGGUAAAGAAUUCUUACAAGAUAAUGUGAAUCAAACAACUACAACUAAAAACAGCGUAAGUUAUUUACAGAUCUACAAUGGGGGCCCUUACGAUUAAUUUCUAGUGUGACACACAGUUAUGAAGUUACAUUAUAUGCUUGAUCACUAAUAUUGCUAAAGGAAGUUCAGUAUCUUGAGAGACUACAGUACACUAAAAGUAAAAAGAGGUAAAGGCCAGAGGCCUAAACAGCCGGAGCCCAUUCCAGUUUCCUGAGUUUUUCUAUUCCUCCGUGGACCGGAUGCUAUUCCAACAGAAUGUCGCCAAUACCCAUUAAUACACCUGGAUGAAGAGAGACAAAGUGGAGUAAAGAUCCUCGUCAAGGGAAACAACACAAAGGGCGAGGCUUGAACCCCUGACCUCCAGAUCCCGAGUUCGAAGUGUUAACCGCUUGGUCACAUAUUAUAGUAACUGUUUAUCAAUUCCAUCUGCAGGUACAAAAGAAAGGAAGAUACCCUAUCCUACAUCCCAUCCCCUGACACAGUUGUUUAGAUUUGUAUCCUGCCCUAACUACACCUAUGAGGUAAGUUAGACUGAAAACAUUUUUCUCCUUGGUUGAUUUUACCUGAAGUCUCAGUGGUGGAUCCAGGGGAGGGACCCGGCCCCCCACCCCCCCUUAUUUUCAGACCGAACUGAGGACCAAAGGGCUGAAUAAAAGUUUUUGAGAGACCCCCCACCUUACCUCAGGGUCUGGAUGAGCGCCCCCCCCCCCCCCCCUUAAUUUAAAGGUCUGAAUUUGCAGUGCUGACUAUUGGUUACAUGCGAAAAACAUAGAAGACUAGAGUGACUUUCUUUAUCCUUUAUUCUUUCUGUGAAUUCCCAACCCCCCGCCCACCGCUCCACCCACUUUCUGAGUCAGGUAAUUUUGCACAACAGAUCCUUAGAGUGUGUAUGUAAACACAGAGUUUAACCGAAAAGAAAACCCACCCGAUCCAUUAUUCUACUAGUCUGUUCCACAGCCGUUAUUCUACCAAAACUGUCCUAUACACGCACAGAGUCAUUCCUUCCAUGUUCCUUUUAGAAGAAGCUUCAACGCUUAUUGCUACACCGUAGUUGUUCUUCCUCUUUACUUCCGCUAAAUGAGAAAUGUAAGUUAGGAUGUGAUUUUCUUUUUUUUUUUUCUUCAGGCCGGUUCUUGGAUAGCAUUUUCUGUGAUGACGCAGGCAUUAACAGGUAUAACCUUGUACAGCAUAAUAAGUAGUUUUCAUGCGAAUAGUCACACUUAAUAAUUUUAUCCACAGACUUAAAAGUUAGAAGCACCUUGUACAGCAUGAUUAACAGUACCACAGGAAAGUACUGCUCAUUAACUUUCAACUGAAUGUUCAGGAACUCUAGGAUUUCAACCACAGACUCAAAAGUUAGAACCACCUUGUACAACGUAAUAAACAGUACCACAGGAAAGUACUGCUCAGUAACUUUCAUUUGAAUGGUCACACCAUAGUAUUUUGUCCAUAGAGUCAAAAGUUAAGAACAAUUAGUUGUUUAGCAUAAUAAACAGUACUACAGGAAAUUACUACUAUGUAGCUUUCAUUUGAAUGAUCACACUUCAAAAUUUUAUCCAAAAAAAGGCCAACCUACAACACUUCUAAAUUCAAAUCUAGAGGGGACUUUGGAGUUCUUGAGAGCUCUUUAGCACUUCGUGGGAUAAAUGAAGUUUACUUUUUCGUCACAAUGAAACAAUUAAAAAGUGCUAGAGCGAUUUUCGUAUGACCUUGAAAUGAUUUUGAAAACGCGCGAACAAAACAGAAAAAACAAACGAACUGAAAUACAGCGAUUUGAUUGGUUUAUCGAACGGAUACAAACGCGCGUGGGUUUUGGUUGGUUAGCGAAUGCUCGGGUGAAAAAACUUCAUGCCCAAGAACUUUCUAGAAGUCAAUCGAUACUUUGACGUCAUACUGCAACACGAUUGGCCAAUCGAACAAUGCCUUCUCUAUAUUAGUAUUUUCUUUGGCGGGAAAACGAAGAGUCCAUGUUUUGAUCUUUUCAUCCAUUGGCUGAUAAAACAAAUAACGAACACUUACGGUAACCAUUAUUUCAAGGUUAUACGAAAAUCGCUCUAAGCAUAUCUGUUUAACAUGACGGUUUCUUUUUUUCUCUUUCAGCGGUUUUAUUCACCUUGUUUGGAUUCUACCAGAUGGCAGUAUGGGCCAUAGGCAAACACCGAAACUAUCGCAAAGAAUUUAAAGAUUAUCCGAAAGGAAGGAAAGCUAUUGUCCCUUUUCUGUUGUAAAUGAAUUAAAUUAAACUCUGCAUUUUGGUUAUGGGAAUGAUCAUCGUCAAAGAAGUGGACGAUUUUCAAGUCGAUUCAACGUCAUCACGGGUUUUAUGUUCCGGCAAGAGUGCUAGCUUACUUGCGGAGUUUAAUUAGUGCAACAGCACGUGACACUUUUACAGUUCCUUAAUUUCAUUUUUAGUUUCCGCGUAGUUAGUUGUGUUCCCAAACAACCGCACAAUCUGGUUGAUCUUAAGAUAAAGUUCCGUUCUUCUUUCUUCUGACUUAGUUCUUUACAAUUCAUUUGGGUCAUCCUACUAUACCGAUCUCAUCCUCCAUUGCCGGAAAUUUUAUUCUGGUUUUUGAAGCAGAAUACCGUAAAAUUCCGAAAAUAAGCCCCUCCAUGUAUAAGUUCCUCCAAAUAUAAGCCCCCCAAACCGGUAACGCAAAAGACCCUCCGUUAAAUCGCCCCUCCAAAUAUAAGCCCCCCCGGGGGCUUGUACUUGGAAAAUUGUCCUCAAAGACAAAGUAAAACAAAGCAAAAACGGUAAAUUUACUUCCAACUGUGAGGCUAGCUCAAUCGAUUUUGAAACGCAAAUUUCCCUCCGUAGAUAAGCCCCUCCAAAAAUAAGCCCCUCAAGAAGGGCCUUUGAAAAAUCUAAGCCCCGGGGCGUAUUUUCGGAAUUUCACGGUAAAUAGCGUAGCGCGCGAAUGACGUCAGAGUGACUAAUUUGCAAUUUUUGUCUGAGUUUUGUCAUUUUUCUCAUUUUAAUGACAAAAGACAGACAAACAUGACACUUUAAUGACAAAAGUCAGACAAAAGUGACGAAUUCGAUUUCAGUUUGUUUGUCAGUUUCGGGUCUAUAAUUAGUAACUGCGCGCACCGCUAUUGUCCUACGGAUUUUUUGCGCCGGAAAGAUGAAUAUAUAAUUAGCCUGAAAUCUAGCUGAUGUGCGCGCUGUUCACAUCAAAUGGUUGUGUGGUAGAAAAGUUUGUUUUACAAACCAAAAACGGCAGCUCCUUGUUACUUCAUUGACUGUUUUAUGGCGUGAUUUGGUAAAUAUAUAGAAAAUAAACUGAUUUCUUCAUAGUUU